AACAAAUAUGGCGGACAGGUUGGAGCAAAGACCGCGGACUAAUAUAGAUUUUUAAGAAGUUUGGAUGUUUAAUACAUCUUUCAAAGGAGCUGAGCUCAGGGAAUUACUCCACUGUCCUGGGGGCAACCCUGGAUCCAUAACAUCUGUAAAAAACAAAACGGAGAAAAGCAAUCAUGGAAGAAAACAUUGAGAAAGACAAAGUGAUGGAACCAGCAGUGAGUAUCACAAACCCUUCUCUUGGUGAGGAAGAGGAAGAAGCUCGUCUAAAAAAUCUGGACAAGGAUGCUUAUAAUGAGGAUGAGUCUGAGCUUAGGUUUCUUCACUCCAAGCCAACAUGUUUUAUUAUCAUUGGAAAGCCUGGUUCUGGGAAAACAGCCCUGGCCCAUCGACUGGCAUCAGAAUGGAUGUGUGAAUGUGUGAAUCCCACUGACUUGCUCGCUCAACACAUAGAACUGCAAACAGAAGAAGGCAAGAAAUGUUUAGAGAUGUUGUUGAGAGGAGAAUCCAUCCCAGAAGAUGUGGUAACAAAGAUUAUUGAGGAUAAAAUCAACUCACCAGAAGUAAUUCAUCAUGGUUAUGUCCUGGAUGACUUCCCAAGUCUGAGUGAAGCCAGUUUAAGUAUAAAAGACCAGCUUGAUCUGGUGAAGAGUUGGAAGCUGAAGCCAGACUUCAUCAUUAAUAUCAAGAUCCCAGAUAAAGAUUUAGAAGUGAGGAGAUGUGGCCAGAAAGUGGAUUCUCUGACUGGAGAGGUCUUCACCAAAGAAACAUAUGCUCCAGAUAAGCCUGAGAAAAUUGAAAAGAAAGCUGAUGAAGAGGUUGAAGAUGAAAUAGAAGAUGAUGAAGAGGAAGAAACUGAUGAAUUUAUGAAUGAGGGAGAAGGAGACCUGUUCCUUGAGCUUCCCCCAGAGGUGCUGGAGCGACUUGUCACACGACCAGAAGAUCUCCCCACACAAGUGUCCGACAACAUCCGAAACUACAAAAACAACGUUCUCAGGAUAUACGAGGAUUACAUGGCAGAUCAUGACCAGCAGUAUCUCAUUGAAUUGGAUGGGAAUCAGCCAGUCAACAAUCUGUUCAGGCAAAUGAUGUCACGGCUGAGCUGUUUUGUGCUGCGCCCAGCUGCUGUCCUGCAGCGCCUGAAUGAUGCAGAGGAAGAAGAGAUCCCCGAAGAGACAGAGACUGAUGAGCUUAUGAGGAUGCUGGCCCCCAGGCAGAUGGUGGCGCCCAGGUUUAGGUGGAGAAGAAGCAGGUGGCUGAGGAACUGUCCUGUGGCAUUGUAUGAGGGCAAUGUGCUGCCAGGAAAACCAGAGUUUGCUGUCAGUUUCCUGGACAAAAUGUACUGUUUGUCAAGUGCUGUAGCUCUGGAGAAAUUCCUAAAGAACCCCAGGCCCUAUUUGCUGCCGCCUCAACCCCGUCCCCCAUGUAAGAUAUCAGUGCUGGGACCACCACUAUCAGGGAAAACCACACUCUGUCAUUUACUGGCUCAGAAAUAUGGUGCAAAGGUAUUAAACAUGGAAGAGCUUCUGAAACCCAGACGAGAAGAAGAGAAGAGGAAAACCCUGGAGCAAGUGAAAGCUACCACUACGGAGACAGCUAUCCAGACAGUCAAGGCCAAGAUCAAAGAGAAGCAGGAUGCUGAGGCAGCAGCAAUAGCAGCCACGGAAGCACUGACUUCAGAGACAGAGGGAGUGAGCCUGCAUGUUGUAUGUACUGUUUGUUGUCUGUAUGUUGUUUGCAUGUGUUCCCAUUGUGUAGAUGCGUCUAAGGCAAGUGAGGACAAUGACAAAGAUAAUUCAGAGGAUCACGAUGAAGGUGAGGAAGAUAAAGCUGAGAAAAAAGAGGAGAAUGCCAUUGAGGAGGAAAAGAAGGAGGGAACAACUACAGAAAAAGAGGAAUCAGAAACUGAUACAGAAGCUAAGACAGAUGGAGAAUCAGGGGGAGAUAAUCCUGCAUCUGAGGCAGAGCCAUCAUCUGAGAAGCCUGUGGAGAAGCCUGUGGAGAAACCUCCGCCUCCUGAGGUGGUGGUGGAGGCCGACCACCCAGAGGUGGUCACUAUCGUGGAGGCUGCUCUGGCAGAAGCUGAGAAGGAGCCUGUGAACCUCAGCCCUGAGGUGCAGUUAGAGGUGCUAGUGGAGGCAGUCAGAGCUGCAGAAAAGGAGCUGAGGCAUGACAGAACAGACGGACCAAUGUUUGGGGGGUGGAUCCUGGAUAACUACCCCAAUACUCGUGAGCAGUGGAACGCCCUGAUAGAGAAGAAUUUCUUGCCCGAUGAGGUAGUCAGUCUGACAGAUGGCAGUGAGCAGGGCAGCUUCCUCACCAAACGCUGGUACCUCAUGGACAAAGAGGCUAUCGAUGAGAAGGUCAAGCUGAGACUGGAGGAGGAGGCCAAGGAGAAGGCCAGGCUGGCUGAGGAGAAAAGGCGUAAGGAUGAGGAGGACAAGCUAGCUGCUGCGGAGGCUGCGAGGAUAGCUGCUGAGGAGGAGAGGCAGAGGAGACUCGAUGCUGGAGAAGAUCUCAGUGAAGAUGAUCUGGACAAAGAGGAAGAGAAAGUGGAGGAUGAAAAUACACCAGAACCAGAGAAAGACAAACAGAGUGCCGCCCCAACGCCAUCUACAGAACUAGCUGUUGAAGGAGAAGAGGAAAUAACUCCUGAAACGGAGGCUGAGAUAAAAGUUCCUGAGGGUCCUGAGGUGGAGGAAUUCAAAGAGAAACGUAAAGCUCACGAGAAGGACAUGCCCACUGUCCAGGCAACCAUACAAGGCAGCACCAACAUUGACCCCAUUGUGAUUGAUGUUGACGCCAAGAAAGAGGAGGAACUGCUGAAGGAGGCCAUCACAAACAUAGAAAGUCAGUUCCAAUACGCUGGCUGGGAAUACUCUGGGAUAGAUGUGGAUGAGGAGGAUGAAGAUAUGGAGGCUGAUCAAGAGGCGGCAGAGGAGGAGGAGGAAGGGGGAGAAGAGGAGGAAGAUCCUAACCGUAAUCGAAAGAAGCCUCUAGGUGACACAAACCACUUCUGCCCGGUAGCUCUUAAGGAGACUGGGAUUCUGUAUCCAGGUAACCCUGAGAUAGCAGUUCGUUACCGUGAAAAGGUGUACUACCUGUCAACAGUUGAGGCCCGGGACAAGUUCCUGACCAGCCCACAAGACUUCCUCCCCAAAACUGAGGCUCCAAAGGCCCCUCCCCUGCGUCUGUUAAUCCUGGGUGCACGAGGUGCGGGUAAGACUCUACAUGGCAGACACCUGGCCAAGAAGAUGGGCAUAUUUCAUAUCUCAUUCAGGGAGAGACUGCAGGAGCUGAUCAUCGCUAAGACCAAGAAGAAGGUGGGCCCAGAGCACGAGGACAGUGGGGAGGAAGAGGAGGAGCCAGAGGAAGAGGAGGAUGAAGAGCAGGAAGAAGAAAGGGCGGUGAUAGGCCCAGAUGGGACACCCUUUGAUGAGAGACAACCCACCAGUGAGCUGAAAAAAGAGAACACAGGAAUAUCUGAGCCACUGACUGAGGAAGUUGAAGUGGAAUUGACUGAGGAAGAAGAAAAUAUCAAGGCAAAUCUGCAGAAUGAUGACCCACUGACAGCUGAAAUCUUAGACAAAAUCAUUCCUGACUGGUGGAACAAAGAGCCUUUUAAGUCUACAGGCUUUAUAUUAGAGGGUUUUCCAAGGUCUGGGGAGGAGGCACGGUACCUGGCAGAGAUGGGACUCUUCCCUGACUGUGCUAUCAUGCUGACAGUAGAUGACACAGAUGUCAUUGGCAGGCUGUUACCUCCAAAGUUAGACAAGUGGAAGAUGAAGAGAGACAAGAAGGAGGCCAAGAAACAAAAGAAACGGGAAAAGGCCAGGAAAAAGAGGGAAGCAGCUAUUCAGAAGAGAAGAGAAGAAUUGACAAAAGAAAGAGAAGAAAAAUUAGCGCAGAAAAAGGCUCGAAUGGAAGAGCGUGAUAGUGAUGCUGGGACUGUCGAUGAAGAGGAUGUUGAGGAGGAGGAGGAAGACGAGGAAGAGGAAGAUAUUGAAGUCAUCUUAUCGGAGGAGUUUGAGGAGGAGGAAGUCGAGGAAGAGGAGGAGGAAGAGCUAGAGGAGGAUGCUACAGACAGGCUGAAGAAUGACCUGGAGGAAGUGUAUGAUGCAGACACCAACCGGCUGGCCAUCGUACAGGAUACUCUAGAAGAAUUGCUAGUCCCUCGUGUUGAGAUAGAUGGAGGAAGAAAGCCUCAUAUUGUGAGAUACACAAUCAGCAAAAAGAUAAAGCCUUUCACGGAGUUCAGAAACAGUAUGUUUGAGAGGGUCUACUCGAUCAGCGAGAAACUGGCCAAAAAGAUGCUACAAGUUGGCUACAAACAACCCAGUCGCUUUGGAAGAUGGUGCCCAGUUAAGUUGAAGGAUGGGGAGUGUGUCCAGCCUAUGAGUGGCCCUGGGUACAACACCUACCCCUGUAUCUACAGACAGCACCUCUACUACCUCUCAUCACCAGAGGCCAGGGAAAAAUUCACGCUAGACCCCCUCAAGUACUUGGACCAGCCCAGUCCCAAACCUGUGGUCCCCAUCAGGAUGGCUAUAUUAGGACCACCCAAGUCAGGCAAAACUUCUUUGGCAACUCGUUUUGCCGAGGAAUAUGGCUUAUUGCACCUGUCCAUCGGGGAAGCCAUGAGGAGUAUCCUUGAGUAUCAACCCAACACUGAGCUGGCCAAGCAGAUGGAAAGUUACCUGAAGAAAGGUCUGGUCGUGCCAGAUGAAUUAGCUGUACAGGCCUUAGACGUGUGUCUGCUGGAUAUGAAGUCACAAACCAGAGGGUACAUCUUAGAUGGGUAUCCCAUGACCAGGAAGCAGGUGGAUUUGAUGACUGAGCGUAGCAUUAUCCCUGUCAGGGUGAUCGAGCUGAAGGUAGAGAGCACCGAGCUCAUGGUGCGAGGGACCAAGGACAGGAACUCUGUAGAAAGGGUCCUGCCUCUCCACGACAGUGCUAAGAUCCUACUGUCCAGGCUACAGGCCUACCAGGCUCAGGUGAUAAGUGUGAGGGAGUGGUACGAGAAGGAACAUAUGAACUACAAGAAGAUAGAUGGGGAGAAGUCCAAGUGGCAGGUGUGGAACUCUGCCCUGGAGGUGGGCAAAGAAAGUGUCCAACAGAUCCAGGGUUACCUGCAGAGAACACAGAAUGGUAAAGCUGCCCCUAUCGCCAACCUGUGUGUGACCCCAAAUGAGUUCCUGGUCCGUAUGGGUGACUUUGGUCAGUACUGUCCUGUAAGCUUGGCCAAGGGAGAACUGGUGGACUGUUCCACAAACUCAACACUGCAGUAUGCUGCAGAGUACAGAGGUCAUUAUUAUAAGAUGGCUGGUCAAGAAGAGCUGGACAUUUUCUUGGCUGGCCCAGAGAAGUACGUCCCUCCACUGGCCCCAACCCAGUUGCCCCCUCCAGAACUUCUACCCCGCAGACGGAAAGCGGAAGAGAUGACCACUGGUCAACAGAUCGAGUUAAAGGGCUACUGCCCAGUCACCUUCCUCUCUGGCAAGUGCAGGUAUGAGGCUAUUGUACCUGGAUCGGAAGAGUUCAUUGUGGAAUACAGGGAGAAAUUCUAUCACCUAGAGUCAGAGGACAAGCUCAACUUAUUUAUGAGAUUGCCAGAGAAGUACUGGAACUUACGACUGCCUCACAAACUCCCCCCUAGGAAGGAGAACAUGGAGACAACAGCCCUGCCGAUGCUGGGCUUCCUGGAGCAGACAACAGCUGGUCUCCUGACCAAGGCCCUCACGGCUGUUGGCUGCUUCAAACCCAAGUACCCUUUCCUCAGUGCCAGCAGAUCAGCACUGCUCUAUGUGGCUUACUACCUGAAAGCCUACAACCCAAACAACUCUGACUAUGUGAGGAAGAAGUACCGUCAGAAGCUAAUGAAGUUUGAGGAGACGUGUAAUCUGAUAUCCUAUCUAGGAGACAAGAUGACCGUACGAUACAAGGAGCCCAGAGAGAGACCCGAGGACUUUGACUCUAAACUAGAGACAUUCUUUGCGCUGAAGGGCAUUGAGCCCACACAGACUUGGGUGGCAUAAAGUGCCUGGAUAAGGAUGUUGAUACAGUGUUGUAAGAGUUGAUAGUUUCCACUGACCAGAAGGUGCAUAAUCUGUAUCUGUAAUCUAUUUAUUUUGUGCUCGCAUUAAUGAGAUGGAAAGUCAGUUUAUACAUAAUAUUAAAAACAUUCCUAGUAUUUUUUAGAAUGAAUUUGUCAUAUUUCUAAUAUAAAUGAGACUACAUAAGAAUCUUCCUGUUGUAACAGUAUUUGUCAGUUUCAGCAUUACCCAUUGAUUUGAACUUGGUUGUACAAAAUUUCCAAUAAUGUUGAUGGAUAGCUGUUUUUUAAUGCAGAGUGUUUUAAGCAGAUUUUGAGGUUUUAAAAUUUUUAAAUUAACCAUCCAAGUGGCUUUCCCACUUUUCCCUGAAGUGCUUCUGCCUUGUGAAUUGUCAGUAUUUGACUUGUAUUCCCUAUUGAAAGCCAUUUUACGUUUGUCUGUGUAACUCUUUCACUAAGGUUAUACAAUUUGCUCUGUAUAAACAUGCGUUCCACUUUAUACUCUGUGCCUUUUAAAUACAUGUACAUACAAGUAUCACAAUUAAUGGGCUCAUUUAUAGUGGACCAAGGGGUUUGCUUAUACCUACAGUACAUUCUUGUGUCUGUGAUGUUGUGACAUGUAUUACUUUGUUUCCAUCCUGCCAAAGAUUUUGUAAUACUUGCUCAUUGUGUCGAAAGAGGCGAAUCAUUCCUGUUAGCUCCUCUCUUGAGUGGACAACAGACCCAUAGUGCAGCUGUAUUUGACUGUGAUAUAUUUGGUUAAGUAAAUUAUACAGUUUUACUUUUACUGCUGAGCUGGUUGUUUUUGUUUGUUUUUUUUUUUUUUUGCUCUUGCAUAUUAGACAUUCCUAAGAUUGUACUUGUAAGAAAUAUCUGUUAUUGUUCUAAUUUCAUAAAUAAAGUGACACAAACGUUUAUGAUCUGAUAAUGACUUCAAAUAAUAAAUUUA